AUGGAUAAAUAUUCUAAAAUUCGGAAUAUUGGGAAAGGGACCAUGGGAGCAUGCGCUUUAGCCCUCAACAAUAUUGACGGGCAUUACUACGUAAUUAAGCAGGUAGAUUUGAGAAGAAUGAGCAAAAAGGAGCGGCGUCAGGGCCUCAACGAGGCUCGUCUGCUUAGCCAUUUGCGCCACCCUAACAUUAUAGAUUACGUGGAUAGUUUUUUAGCCAAAAAAUCCGACCAUCUUUGUAUUGUUAUGGAGUACGCAGAAGGUGGUGAUCUUAAAUCUCGUAUCAAGUCGAGAUGUGGAAAUAACUUUAGUGAAAAUCAGGUCUUGGACUGGUUUAUACAGCUUGUGCUAAGUUUGCAUUAUGUACAUCAACUCAAGAUCCUACAUCGUGAUGUCAAAACCCAAAACGUGUUUCUUACUAGUGAGGAUAUCAUCAAGUUGGGGGACUUUGGUAUUGCACGAACGCUGAAUGGCACAUAUGACCAAGCUCAAACAUUCGUCGGGACGCCGUAUUACCUCUCUCCCGAGCUGCUGCUCGAGAGGCCCUAUGACCACCGCAGUGAUGUGUGGGCACUUGGGGUCGUCCUUUAUGAGAUGCUGACUUUAAAGCAACCGUUUAGUGCUAGUGAUAUGAAGGGUCUCAUGCAGCGUAUCCUCAAAGUGAAAUAUGACCCCAUUUCUACCGUAUACUCCCUAGAGUUGCGGAACAUCGUGAAGCAACUACUGAUGAAAGACCCAUCUCAGCGUCUAAAACUUAGUGACGUAUUAGAGCUUCCCAUAGUACAGAAACGGCUACGGGCGUGGCUUCAGGAUAAUGUACUCCCUGCAAAAUACGUCGAGUCACUUCUUAAGCGAAAUUUGCUCCCUGAGUCGAUGAUGCGUGCAUCGCCGCGGGCGCAAACGCCAAUUGGAGCGUCAAAAUCAUGCACCUCGCCCGAGGACGGCUCUGGGGACUCGACUGAGGCACGCAUCUUGCCGCCCAUCAUGGCGCAAUCGCCCUCUUUUGAGGUAUCGCCCCAGAAGUUGAAUCACGGUGUGGCGGUGUCAGCGGAAAUGCGUUCGAUAUCGGAAGCCCCAAAGUGUGUGAGUUCUAACGUGGAGGAACCAGACGAUCGGAAGGGUAAGGCGAACAAUAUCCCGCAACCAUCAAUCAGUUUACCAACCUUCGUGAACAAACUGAGUGGGUCUCCUACAACUCAACCAAUACGCAAUAGGGUUAAUCCAACAUCUCACAAUACUGAUCCCCCGCAAUGUAACCCCAAUAGCCUAGACGGCCUUUAUCAUGAACUUCUGCACUACCAGCGGCGUUCGAGAAAGGAACCGCAGCAAACACCAUCCUCGCAGCAGCAGCGUGUCCUUGGCGACAUCGGCAGGCUCCGCGAUUCACGCCGCGUGGGUAGCAAUGGUUCGCCAUGGUACUUGCCAACUCAGCCUUUGAUGUACCCCAAAUCGUCACCUACGCCUAUUUCUGCGAAUAUAGAUGGCGACACUAGCUCAGCCAAGCUCACAGGAACUCCUCAGCAUAUUUCUACGAACUUGCUUCAGAACCAAAUUACAGGUAAAAAAUCGAACAAUGUGGCUCAAGUCGUUUCCUUAAAGCGUCUUAACCCGCUGUUUUGGCCUAGCUACGACAAGAAAAUGAAUAACAAUCCUGAGAAAAGGGCCCCCUUGGAGCCUUUGUAUCCUAAUCCUCCUGUAAGUAGGCCUAAUAUAGAUAUUAAAGCACUGCUUCAGAAGGCAGCUUUAGAAAGAGCACAGCGUAGGCUUAAAGGGGCAUUUUAG